AUGACGGGACCGGGUUAUAUCACAAAGAGCGGUACCGCCCAACGGAUGGGACAGGGUGUAACCAAGAAUCGGAAGACAACCCACACUGGCGGAGGACGUGCAUGGAGCGAGGCUGAGGAGCAUUACCUCGUUGAGACUCGCCUUCAAAAGGUGCCUUACAAGCAGAUUGCCGUCCAUCUUAACAAGACGGAGCUUGCGUGUCGGCUGCACUAUCAUCAGAUCACCACCGGUCGACGAAAGGAGUCCAUCUCGGAGUCUUGUCCUGAGAUGACUAUCCAAGGCCCCCUUUUGGCUGCUCCCCAAGUUCUCCCUCCGGCUUCACAGCUGCCGACCGAGCACGUCUCGAUGCACAGGAGGAACGAGAGCUACAGCUCGACGUCGUCGGGCGGUUCAGUCCAGCUCCCCAGCAUCGUCGACAACUGGGCGUUUCCCACACUGCCCAUCAUCCUGCCCAAGCCUGCAGCCAUGCCCGAUCCAAAUUCACAGUCUGUACCUCGAUACCGCGAGGAUCUGGUCUAUAUGGAACCUCACCCUCAUGCCACUCAACACCAUGAGAUGCACGGAGGCUUCUCUCUGCCGUCCACCGCGACGCAGCCUCCGGCGCGUGUGGACGUCUCCCGUCUUCACGCCAUAUACAACACCCACCGAGCCACGUUCUGGGACGCGGUGGCUAGAGAUUACGGCCUCAACGCGUCGCCCGACAUGUUGGAGACGGCGUGGAAGCUCAACCAGCGAGCACAGCCUGCUAUGCCUCCCACGCCUGCGACGAGCCCCAAAGUCGAGCUGAGAAGGGACAGCAGCGCGGACAGGACGAGUAUUGCGUCUAUUCUGGGGACUAAUGCUCCUGCUACUCCUCCUGGUCAAUGGUAA